GCGGAUCCCACUGUACGUUUUGAGAGGCUGGUGAUGCUCUUGGCGCACUUAUCUGCUGUCCGUAUUCCGCAAAUACCAACAUGACACGGUACCAUCCAGCUCCACCCUAGGUCUAAGGUUGUCGUUCGUCUCAAGAACUGGAGAUUGGUCCUGUUGGGUAUAACCUCCCAUAUGUCCUCCCGUCUUUUGCGCAAGGUGAAAAGUAAUCGCUUGCGCUUAGUGCUUGCCUACCUUCGUCACUCUCAGGUUAAUUUUCGCAGAUUGUUGGUGGAAAAUUGUCGUGCAGAAAUGACGCGGAACCUCUUUUGGACGCUGGCUCCCGGCUUGCUGUCAUUUCUUGCGUUCGUCCUCAUUAGUACGGCCCUAUUCGGUCAGCAUAGCACGUGGCUGAAUGGCGUCUACUUUCUGGAAGUCGAUGUGUCGUCGAUGUCAAUUCCCCCGAAGCUUGGGGAAUCGAGUAUUUCGAAUGAUACCUCGAUGGUCUCCAGCACGGAUUACACUGGACCGAACUUCACUGCCCAAUCACUUGGCGUCGCCAGCAGAUACACCGUUGGCUUACUCACAGCUUGUGGGCGCGGCAAUGGGACUACCUCGUGCAUGAGCUCGUACGUUGGCUACUAUUUCGACAUUCCGAAAGUCCUCCAUUUCGCGGCCACUUCGUUGCAGGGAAAAGUGGACGGCACCUUUUUGAAAGCCACGGAGUCCUACAAGACAGCUAGCGCCUUCAUGUCCAGCGGUCUUAUCGCUUCUAACAUAUUCAACUUCUUGGUGUCCAUUGUGGGAUGCUUUUCGCCGAGAGGAGCGGGCGUCAUGAGCGUCAUUUCGACGUGCUUUGCAAUCUGCGCAACCAUCUCGGCGAUUAUCGUCUUCAACCAGUUUCAUAACGCGAUCAUGGCCACUUAUUCAAGAUCUAUUGGCUUGACAAGCAACCUGGGCAUGUCCGCUAUCAUUAUUGCUUGUGUGGGUGCCUUCAUUUCGCUAUUGGCGAGCAUCUUGUAUGUCGGCCGUUCGCUCAUGGAGGAUCCGACCCGCCAGCGGCGUCGCAGAAGGAACCGGCCUGUUGCUCGUCCUACCAAAGAGAAGUCAAUGCCUUUGAUGGAUGGCGGCAACAGCUACAAUAUCGAAGGCAUCGAGGUCUAUCACGGUGCAAGUGAUGGUGCCGGGCAACCUCAGCAGAAGAACGGGCUGUUCGGGUUCGUGGGCGGCAAGCAUAACUAUGUCCAGGUCGAAAAGCAACAUCCCCAAGGUGUAGACGACAUUGUGAACCAGCCGGUGUCUGCCCUUGGCUCACCAGAUUCGAAACCCCGGCUUGACGAGAACUGGGCGGCUCCGGAUGAAUACACUCAAAAGAGGAAGCCGGCCCCCGACCCUCCUGGCAACAGGCAAACGAGGGAUCCAAUUGCUAGCUAUGAGCCAUAUACCAGCACAACGCAACUGUAACGGGGGAUCUUCACUGGCCUUUGUUUUCUUUUUUUUCUUUCUCGGAGACAGGGAGGCAUUUCAGCCACGAUGUGGUGUUUUUAACGGUUCGGCAUGGAGUUUUUGGAUGAGGUCGCAUGGGCGUGCGGGUUUGAAUGCGCUCCUGGUUAGUGACCAUCAGUUGGAGGACACUGUACGUUUUCGGUGAACCUUGGUAAGAUUUGGUCGUCGCGUAUUAUGUGCGGUUUCGUGUGUGAAAGACAUGUGAUCCGGAAUACCGCAUCUAACGAACUGUGACUUGCUGCUUCAAUUACCAGGUUAUUAAUUUUAUCAUCUUCUCUCUUGUGGCUGGA